AUGAAAUCCACAAACAAUGCCCUUAUUACCCAAAUAAAAAGUCCCUUGUUUGGAUUAUAUCGCCUUACAAAAUUGUUACUAAUUUUUCCAAUGAUUCAAUUUUGGUUUUUAUGGAGAGGGAUUGAAGGAUUUAAUUUUGGAGAUUUUUCCUCUCCACAUCAACGCCUACUCAGCGAAUUAUUCCACAAUUACGAUAAAAGACUCCAACCAAUUGGAGAAAAUAAAUACUCAAAAACUGUGCAUAUUAACGUAACAAUAGUUUUGGGUAUUUUAAUUGAAAUGAGAGAAAAUGAACAGGUUGCUGCUUAUGUUAUUUCUCAUAUUCAAGUAAAUUGUUUAAUUUAAAUAAGUUUUCCUGAUUUAUUGUUUCCGGAAAGUCUUAAUUAAUUGUAAAAUAUCCCCAUAAUUGUUUUCCGGAAUAAAAAACACAAUUAAUCCCAAUAACACAUUUGUAUAUGCGACAUUUGAAUACUCACGACACUUACUAGAGCGAUAUUGAUGGACACGAUAUUUGCGAACAUGAUAAUUGUGAACCCGACAAAUGUGAACAUGACUUUUGUGAACACGACAAUUGCGUAACUG